AUGGCCGGCUCAACACACAAGGGGGUCGACCCCUCAACAGCACACGGAGCAGCAGGUGCACCGCGGCCAGAAAACACACUCGACGAUGCCUCGUCGGUAGACGACGGUGUCAACGAAAAGGCACAGGCAGCGCCCUUAACUAAGGGACAAAAGGUGAAGGCACACUUCAAGCGGUGGUGGUGGGUACACGCCAUUGUUGCGGCCGUGUUGUUGAUUAUUCUGCUUCCGAUCUUAUUCAAAGUCAUCAUCCCCGCCAUCAUCAAAAGCAUCGUCGACAAACAAGACCUCCCCAUCACCACCGGCGCGCUCAACUUCACCGAGCCCGACCGCCUGCACAUCACCCUCGACACUUCCCUCGACACCCCCUUACCCGUCAACAUCGACACCCUCCCCCUCGCCCUGUACGAACCCCCCUCCAACACCACCGGCGACGAUGGCCCUCCCAAUCCCUUCCUCACCCUUCAAAUGCCCGGCAGCUACAUCAACCACGCCACCAACGUCAGCAUCCCCGACCGCCUGACCACCAUCACCGACAAACCCCAGCUCAUCCGCUGGUUCAACAAAUUCUUCGACGAACCCGAACUCCAACUCCGCAUCAAAGCUCACGACAUGAGCCUCCACCUCGGCUCCCUCCACUACACCGUCGACAUGGACAAAACCAUCCGCGUGCCCGGCCUCAACUACCUCAAGGGCUUCGGCGUCGUCGACAUGUCAUUCACCAUCCCGCCUCCCGCGUCGGGGUACAACAUGAACGGGCAUCUAACCAUCCCCAACGCGGGUGUCGUCGGGUUAGGGAUGGGCAACGUCUCGUUCAACAUUCUCGCCGGUGACAUCAACCUGGGCCUAGUACACAUCGACAACCUCUACCUCGCACCAGGGAACAACAGCCCCCCCUUCUACGGCGAAUUCUACUUCGACCAGCUGGUCCCCAACCUCUCCGCAAUUCUGAAAACGCAGGAAGCCGCGCUCGCCGACGGGAUGCUGGAACUGCACACGUCUGGGAACUCGACAUUCUACAACGGAAAACGAAUCGCGUACUCGGAGGGUGUGUUGAACAACAAGCGGAUCCCGUUUCGGGUUCCCGUCACGAGUCUGUUGCUGGAUGUGUUGAGUGGGGUGUUGCAGGGGGGUGGCGAUCAUGGGCAGACGAAGCUGCCGAUCUUGGAUACGUUGGGGGAUGUGCUGGGGAAUAAGACAUUGUUUGAGAAUAUGUUGGAUCAUUUUGGGAAGGAGGUUGUGGAUGCAGCCAACGGUAAUGGAGGCGGUGACAAGGGGAAGAGGGCGGUGUCGAUGACGGGGAUGGGAAAGAAGGUGGGUAGGUCGAUGAAGAUGAAUUUGUUGAGGUUGGGGUUAAGGUCGUGGAAGGCAAAGGUAUGA